UCGCCUCUUGGGGGUUGAACGAUUUGGGCUACACCGCAUUCUCUCUUCAAGACUAUCUUUACAUGUACCGUGUUUUCCGUAUUUCCUCAACGUCAUCAUCUGCUGUUCUUUCAUCCAAUCAUCACCGUGAACCUCACAUACUCGUUGUCCGGUUUCUGUCCGCACGAAUUACAAGCAGUCUCCAUGAUCCUCUGUGCAUGAUAUCGGUACAUAGAUCUUCAUGCGACUUGCGAACACAGUGAU